UAGGGUUUCCUUUCUCUGUCCUUGCCUCAUUUGUUGCUAUAUAUAUGUAUAUACAUUCGUAGCUAUUUCUCUCCAUCUUCGUUCCACACCCCCGCAAGGUCUACGGUUUUUCACCUGCGCUCUCUCUCUCUCUCUCCUCUCUUCUCUUAUCAUCUGAGGAAAUUGGCAGUAUUGCAAUAUCUGCAGGUAGCGAAAGUGGAGUGUGUUGAGUUUGAAGCUUCUUUUAUGUCUGAACGGGGCUCUCUUGUUUUGUUAUCAAUCGGGUUGCUUGGAGAGUACUGUCCUACAUCAAGAAAAAAGAAUAGACAUUCUCUUGAUAAAGUUGGCUGCAUGCAUCUUGGGCCAUUUCUGGACCAUAGCACACACUAUCAGGGUUGCCAGUUUAUGCGGCCUUUUCCAUUUGCAGGGAAUUCUUCCAAUUUUGAAAAAAAAAAUCUUGGUAAAAGAAUCCACCUGCUCCCCUUCUGAUAAAGUCCAUUCUAGCAUACAUAAUUUUUUGAAAACAAGAUGGCUUUACAAAAUAUUGGUGCUGGAAACAAGGAUGAUGCCUUCUAUAGGUAUAAGAUGCCCAGAAUGAUUACGAAGAUUGAAGGUCGUGGGAAUGGCAUCAAGACCAAUGUGGUCAACAUGGUUGACAUUGCAAAGGCUUUGGGUAGACCUGCUUCCUACACAACCAAGUAUUUUGGUUGUGAGCUUGGGGCCCAAUCCAAAUUUGAUGUGAAGACUGGAACAUCCCAUGUUAAUGGUGCCCAUGACACUGCCAAACUUGCUGGGCUUCUUGAGAACUUCAUCAAGAAAUAUGUACAAUGCUAUGGCUGUGGGAAUCCUGAAACUGAGAUAAUCAUCUCUAAGGCACAGAUGAUUAACCUCAAAUGUGCUGCUUGUGGGUUUUUGUCAGAUGUUGAUAUGAGGGACAAGCUCACAACGUUUAUUAUCAAGAACCCUCCUGAGCUGAAGAAGGGAUCAAAAGACAAGAAGGCAAUGAGGAGGGCUGAAAAAGAGAGGCUCAAGGAAGGGGCAGUGGCAGAUGAAGAACAGACGAAACUUAAAAAAGAGGCUGCAAAGAAGAAGGGCUCCUCUGCUGGUUCCAAGGAUGUGGUUUCCAAAGCAUCCACCAAGAAGAAAAUUAAUGUCUCUGAUGGUGACCAUUCUCCUGCGGGCAGCCAAGCAGAUGAAAAUGAAGCAACAGCAUCAGUCGACACUGAUGAAGAUGAUGAUGUCCAGUGGCAGACUGACACAUCUGCGGAGGCUGCUCGCCUGCGGAUUCAGGAACAGCUGAGUGCUGUUACAGCUGGUAUGGUGAUGCUUUCAACCAAUGAAGAGAAGCUGAAUUCGGCUAAAAACUCUCCCGAGCGUGAAGAGCAAUCCAAGGUUAGCACACAUGCGAACGGGGUCAAAUCUAGUAAUUCUUAUGAGAAGCUUGUCGAUGAGAUUAAGGAAUUCCUCAAGAAGGGCUCCUCUGCUAACCAGCUCAAGUCCUUUUUGGGAUCUCUUUCUGGAACUCUCCAGGAGACCAUGGAUGCCCUCUUUAAAGCUCUUUUUGAUGGCACUGGAAAGGGAUUUUCAAAGGAGGUGACCAAGAAAAAGAACUACCUUGCAGCUGCCACUCAGGAGGAGGGAUCACAGCUGCUUUUGCUUCACGCGAUUGAGGCUUUCUGUGUGAAAGCAAACCCUGAGGCAGUGAAGGAGGUGGCUUUGGUACUCAAAGUGCUUUAUGACAGUGAUGUGCUGGAAGAGGUAUUCAUAGUGGAGUGGUAUGGGAAGGGCUUGAGUGGAAACAACAAAGGCUCACAGAUCUGGAAGAACGUUAAGCCCUUUAUGGAAUGGCUCCAGAGUGCUGAGUCUGAAUCUGAAGAGGAGUGAAUUGGGAUAUAUGCACUUCUGCCCACCCAGGUGGUUUCCAAGCUUUUCCAUGAUUUGGUUGUGAUGUUUUUGACAGUUUGGUACUUCUCUAUCUCAUCUAGUAGUAAAUAAGACUUGUUAAUGUCUUGUGAUCACGGGGAAUAAUGCUUGUUGGUAUGGGUCAGGUUGUGUAGUUAUUAUCAGAAUGUCUUGCCUAGAAAUAAAGCAGAAAUGUUUUGUUAUGUUUGUUUUCUUGUGUUACUAGGGAGUAUAUGCUUGUUUCAACUUAUUGUGGUGGCUUUCAAUGAAUUAGUUGAGUUUGUGACA